CAAAAGAGUUUUUGUGUGAGAACGCGCCAGUGUAGACGUAGGCUUGUAGUGUAGAUAUAGCCCAAGUGUAAAAUGCAUACUUGUACAAACAAUUUAUUCAUAAUGAAAAAGCAUUAUCUUCCACUAGCUCUUAUUAAAUAUGGAUUCUCUCUAGCUGUAAAUAUCUCUUUCCCAGGACAGGAUUUUUCCUGUGAUGUUGGUUAUGCAUGAAUCGCAGAGUAUCAUCUGCGUUUUUCUCUUGUGUUUUUAUAAUUCUUUUAAAAUGUUACCACUCAGCUUUUUAAUGUUAGUUUUGUCACGGUUUUACUAAUUCCGGAGAUUUCCUGUUUGAGCCUGCCUCAUUUGUUGUUAAUCUGUAAUGAAUCUUAACAUGGAUGACUGGUCCAAUUAGCGAACCAUGUUUUCUUGAAGCAUAAAUACUCUGACCAGUGACAUCUUAUAGUACUCAAGGGAAGCUGAAGUUUUUAACAGAAAAGUCCAUGCAUUUCUGAGGAUGAACUGUAAGUUGUUCCAACUUUUUUUAAUUCUAGCAACAAACAUUUGUAUUUAAAUUGUGCUAUAUAUUCAGUGGGAAAUUAUACUGGUUAGAAAUCAAAUAGUGCAUAAAUAUUUUCUAAGCGUGGUCAAAAUGUAUUCAGGCACACACUUUCUGUAAAGUAAUAAAAUAUGAAAUGAGAAAGCAAUGCUCUUGCAUAUAAAUGAAUGUCUGCCAUAUGAACUGAAAUUAUUAAGAAAAAAUAACAUUGACAUAUUUCUGUAAAAUGUGAACUCAGAAGUAAUCCUAAAGGGUGCCUGUCAUUUAUAGAAAUAUUGCUAUUGUAAUGAAUCAAUUUUUGAGUUUCCCAAGUAUUCUAGAUAGGAAAAGCCUCUUCACUCAUUUGGGAAAGGUAUUCCUAUUAGUCAUACAGUAUUUUUUUUAAAGCAGGGCGUACAAUUCAAUAUACAAUUAUUGUGCUAAUGCUUGUAAUCUGAGUAGUUGUGUAUAUAAAACAGCAUAUCCUUUUAGAUGCAGAAUUGUAGUAACUGUCUUAAAAUUUAACAUUCAAUUGCCUGCCAAACUUUUUAAAAGUUAGGCUGAGAAACUAUAAUUAUUUUUUUAAAUGAAAGUAUACAAACAUUUGCAGCUGCCUGAAAUUGAAAUCUACUUUCCAUGGGACAAUUUUGCCUCUUCUUUGAUAAUCACCCAAAAUUAGUUCAGUAAAGUAAAUUUCAGAAUCCACCUUUCUUUGAAAAUAUUUCUAACCUUUAUAGGAUUUUUCUAAAGUGUGCAUCUGACUAGCUGUUUGGGAAAAUGUUAAACCUGCUUAGAGUAUUUUUGGUUUUGCUACUAAUAGGAACAUAUAAUGUAACAUAAAGAACGUGUAAUAUUUUUGAGCAAGUUAAAUGAGUUUAUAACCAGUACACAUGUAUCCCUUGCCUAGAAUUAAGCCAAUAUGUUGUCAGUUACACAACACAACGCAAAUGUAAAUGCUUAUAUUCACAGACACUGAGAAAAUGCCAGAUGUAUGCUUUGGGAGGAACAUAAAAAGGUAGAAUGUAUAUAGUCCAAGAUAUGUGCUGAAACAGGAUACAGUUGGUGAUACAGAAAACAAUUCAGGAAAUAAGUUAACAAAAUAACAAGCUUAGGUCCAUCAUCUAAAUAGUCUCAUGGUUAGUGAUAUGGUAUCUAAAUAUUUUCUACAACAAAUGAGAAUCCAUCUUUUUUUCUUGGGGUAAAACACCUAAUUUUACAGUAUAUUCAAUCCCAUAUAAAAUACAUGGCAGCAGCGGUCUACACAGAAAUGACCAGUUACCUAGUGCUCUUUUCCUUCUUACUAGUGCUUACAUUACUUCGAGACAGCUAAAAAUAAAUAUUGAAAUAUGAAAUAUUUCCUUAAUAUUGAUUUUCUAGGUAAGCCAUUACUGUACUUUCCAGGUGGAUGUUGAGAGAUGGUGAAUGGGAUCGUAAAUGGUCCUUUGGCGCUUGCUAGUUUUCUUCUGCUGAUUUGCCUGGAAGUAGGCCGGCCUUGUCCCCCGCUCUGUAAAUACUGCUCCACAGGGCUAGCGGAGUGUGAGCAGGUCUCAUCACUUCAGGAAGUUUUACCAGGUUUGCCAAACUCCACAGAGAAAAUACUGUUGCGGCAUGGAAACCUCAGCAAGAUACCCCCGCUAUCUUUCCAGAACUUCCCCCGGCUUCACUUGCUCUCCGUCACUGGAUUUCCGUUCUCUUCCCUUGCAAACAUGACCUUUGUGGCAAAGGACUCCAGCAGCCUGAGGAGUUUGGAUCUCAGCAGUAACUCCCUGGUGAGCUGUGGGAUCCAGCCUUCGGCUUUCGCUGGCCUCGGAAUCCUCGAGGAGUUGAUUCUUACAGAUAAUGCCUUGGACACGGUGAAAAGUUCUUGGUUCUUGGAGAUGCCGUUGCUCGCCAAGCUUCUCCUUUCUGGCAACAAAAUAACUUACCUUCCACCACGGACUUUGGAGAGUUUGGCUAAGCUGAACGAACUUGUCAUGUCUUCCAACUUUAUUCGAUAUCUUUCCAAGGACACUUUUUAUGGGCUGGCGUCAUUGACCAAACUGGACUUGUCAAGCAAUGAAAUCCUGUUUAUUAAUAACGAGGUUUUCCAGCCUUUGCAUGCGUUGACGCAUUUACAGUUGUUUAAUAAUAAGCUGACUGCACUGGCCAGCAUCCCAGAUUCUCUUGCCGCCUUGUUUCUUAAUGAAAACCCUUGGUUUUGUGACUGCCAUCUGGUGAGCUCCAUGCAGCUACUGAAGGAGAAAGUGCAGACACCUGGUGGCUUCGUGUGCAACAAUCCACCAAGCCUGCGAGGAUGCCAAGUGUUGAGCGUAGGGCCGGAAGUCUGUGCCUUUCUACCCCAAGAAACCACUUCCAAAUUUGACUUGCUGUAUGGCUUCACAGGAGGACUUUUCUUCAGUUUUAUCGUGUGCCUGAUUGCCUGCUUCGUCACCAAACACUGGAAAUACAGCAGAGUCACUAAUCAGGCAGAGGAUGGACACAGCUCACAGAAGGACUCUGUGGAAGAGUUCCCACGGAGCGUGACCAGUGUCCCUUCCGUAUCCCCACUUCCCCAUAGCGGUGUGAUAAAAACCAGUAGGACAAGAGGCUUUCAGAAAGAAAGCAAAGCAGAUACAAAAGAAGACGCACCCGGUGACGUUUUCAACAACACGCCCCAAGCCAGCAGAGAAUAUGCAGCAGAAACAGGCACUCCAGUAAAGUUGCCUGGAAUGGCCCUGCUGCCGGUUCCCCGUCACGCAGGUAAAAAGAUCCUGACGAUCUAUCCAGAAGGAAUGGAAAUUGAAAGUCCAGACAAAGCAAGCCCAGCUCUCCGCCUCGUGGGCAACCAAAGUGUGGAGACAGCAGCUGAAAUCCCCAGAUGUGUCAGUGCCCCCAGUUUACUUCCUAAUGUGGAGCUACAGCCUUCUCUAAAGAGGGACCAUGGCUUGUAUUGCCCAUCAUUCAGCCACGAAAAAACUGUCCAGAAGAGGGAACAGUUGGAGAUUGGCGAACCUGCCUUGGUGAAAUAUUUUGAAACCCACUGGGAAGAGCAGGCGUUGAGUCCCUUUGCCCGCUUGGGAGGUUCUCAAUGUUUCAGGACUUUGGUAAAUGUAGUUUCUCCAGCAGAAAGCGCUACCCAGACACAAACCGGCAGAGAGGGAGGUCACACCGCCUCUAGCAAGAGAAGCAAAUCCUGGAGCUCUUUACACUUCAGCAUCUCCAGCCAGUUAGCAGAGGCUGCUGGAGAGAGAGCCUCCAAAGAAAACGGUGAGACUGGAUUUGAGGCCCAUUCGGUGCAUUCGAGAAGAGGCCCCGACUGCGAGACUUUAUGCCAACGACAUUUUAUAAAAGGUGAGUCCACCGCUACCACUGAAGACGGAUGCACAGAUCGAGGAAGGGAAGAACCAGCCUUUCAGAAAAACAUCUGUCUUGAGAACUGCCGCAUUGCACAGAGUGUAAGCGACCAUCCGAGAGAGUCUAUGAACACAGGGAAUAGCAACCUCGCGCCAGAACCCGAAGCACCAGCCGACUCCCUGCUUUCAGAUUUCGCCAACUCUGGAGAACACGCUAGUGCCAGCAACCCAGAUAAUAAAGGCAUCAAGCCUGCAGCAGAGGACAAAUUAAUUACCACCUUUUCUGAGAAAGAGGCUCUCCCUCCUCGCUCUUUCUGGGAUAACGCUAGAUCGGGGGAAGAGAGGCCCUCCGAUAGGAUACCGAGGAGCGAGACACCUGGCGAAGAAUCCUCCUUAAAGAAUAAUAAAUUAUCUAGAGAGAGAUUUUGGAAAUCCCAUACAAAUUGUUGCAAUGAAUACCAGCCCUGCCCAGCUGCCCAGAAAGUUUUGAAGGAGCUGAAGACUGCACGUGUGAAUUCAAGAGAGCAAUUAGAUCUGUCUCCACAGGCUCCCCCCUCCGAUCUGGAUCUUCUGAGAGAACAAGAUGUGACUACAACUUUCCUUGCCCGGUAUGUAAACAGUGACGAGCCACUAACAACUGAACGGGAAAAGGGAAACGACAGCACUUUGCUGGACGUACACGCUUCCUUUGCUCCUGAUUGGAUUUGCCAUCAAGAGUUGCCUGAAGAGGACAAUAGCAUUUCUUGUGGACUUCCUCAGACAAGAACUCUGCAGCGGGCCCAACCAACUGAUAUAGCUCACCAAGAAGUUGGAGCUGAUUGCUGCUCUCUAAGACAGGCAACUGUUGACCCCGUCGCUGAAUUUCAAGAGAGCACUGAAAAAUGCACUAUAACAGAUCAGACCAGGAUGGCGGAUCUAGGAAAUGCCUCCAUUGGUGCUAAUCCUCCAGCCAGAAGAUCUGAGAAUGCAGGUAGUGAGCACCUUGUCCAAGACUGGAAGUCUUUGGAUGCAGAAACCGAUUUGGUUAAACUGGCGCAGACAAAUACCAUCAGUGGGCAUUUGGCUGGGGGUGAAAAAGGUUGGGUCACUGCCUCUCCAACUAUUUUACAUCGAGAACUCUGCCUUGUAAAAUCGCAACAACUCAGUGCUAUAGCAUCUGCCGUUACUUACCUCCCUCUCACCCCGGCUCCUGGCUCUAGCACUUCCAGUCCGAAUAGUCGUAAAGGCUCUUUAAUGGAUGUUCACGAAGUUGGAUGUAAAGGAGCAGCCGAUAGGGUCUCCAACUGUUAUUUGCCAAAUGAGGUUAUUUCGGCGCAGCAAAUGCACGUUUCUCCCAGUGAAGAGAAACAUGCAGGCAGACUGAGAGAGGCAAGUGCCAAUGCAGAAUGCUUGCUUAAUGAAGACAAGGGAGCUCAGGUUAAUAUUGAUGUUGAGAAAACAAAGACGGUUCAAUCAGACUACACUGAGCACAACUCGUAUGAGGUAGAGAAAGCUAUUAGCUCAAACAACACAGACGACCAAAAGAAUUUUAGGGAACUGUUGGGCCCGAGUGAAAGUUUGAGGGUUGACUGCGAUACCUGGCAUAAUAUAGACACCAGUCCUUGUAGAAGCAGCUUGGAAAAUGCCUGUCCUAUAGCAGCUAAUCAUUAUGAAUGCGAUGGUGUUGCAUGUAAAAAGGACACUGGCCAGGAGCAUUUCGGACAACCUGCUGCAUCAAAAAGCUGCAAGUCCUCUGCAGAUCCUGCUCUUGCUAUUUAUGAAAGUCAAGCAGAAGAAAUCAGUGUUCCUGGCUACAAUGGGACUGUUUCUCCAUCGUGCCAGGUCUCUAGUAGUGCAGGAAUUCAGCAAGUAGCUUGUAAUAAGGCCUCGUUUCAGUUCCAGAAUAUAUCGGUAAACCUAAAACCAGAGACCGAAGCAGAUAUGAAACGUUCCGACUCUAAAAACCACAUGUUAGUGGCUGUUAACACAGACACUGAACUUUGUGAGGCAGGAGACAACUCCUUUGCCAGUCCAUAUUUAGGAAGCAGACAGCCCCGGGAGACUGGACUGCAUUCUAAGAUAAUUUGUCUGCCGGAGCAGUCAGACAGGUCUUUUCUGCAACAAGAAUCUGCACUUUCCAACCCAUGGAAGAAUGACCUACAGCAAAACUGGAAUGAAAGUCCAUCAGUAAAACAACCCAAGAAUACAUAUCAUUCCGUUUUCAGACUACCUACUGACGGCUUAUCUCUUGGGAAACUUCGCCAGAAUUUAGACUGCACCCUGGAUCUUCCGGAGCUGAACAAGAGGUCCUCCCCCACCACUCCAGUGACACCAACUCCAUGUUCAUUGGGACAAGACCCUCAACUGAGGGAUAAAGCCACAUAUUUAAAUUGCCUUUAUAAUCCAAAGACGCCGAGGAAACAAACAAAUGAACUAAGUGUACUUUCCAAUCUCCGCUAUUGUAAAAUUUCAGCAAACGUAUCGCUUAGUGUGGAAGAGGAGGAAAGGAGGUCCAAGUGGCAGAAAAAAGAGAAUGACCCAACCAGUAAAUGAGUGACCAUCAAUAUAAACCUCUUGCUAAAAAUAUAUAUUACUGUGAUGCAAUGUUUUGGAUGUUCUUGAAGGACGGCUUGUGUGCUUUCUUUGUGAGACAAAAAGAGACUUUGCAUAUUGUAUGUGGAAGGUGGCGGAAAUAGGUCAAACAGGGUUGGAUCAUCUAACAUUGAUAGCUCAUAGAAGCAUCACUUCAUCAAAUAACCAUGGUAAAAUCUUUUUACAGCAAAAGAUAUUAUCCUUGAAAUGCUAAUUUUAAGGUUUUUAAUAUUGUUGGUGUUAGAUUGACUUGGGCUAAAAUUGGCAAACAUUUGGAUCCACAAUAUUCCUAAAGAACAGCUCCAACUUAAGGUGAGGAGCUUUGAAAAGAUCCCAAUAUUUUUUUAAAACAGCACAAAAUGCUUUUCACAAUUUUAGAACACUGAAAAAUGGACUUGAUAGCCUAUCCAAACGUUGGGAUUUUAGAAGGAGAUUUCCAAUUGAUUUCAAAAUUUCAGCUCACUUCCCUUGUCCAACCCCUUCAAAAACGUUUGCAAAAGUGUAUAUUAAUGCUGCAUGCAGCUAUUUUAUUGUAACUUUAUUUUUUACAUACCGGUGUGAAAUAUUUUCAUAUAUAUUUGUACCAAAAAACAAAGAAAAAAACCCAACCCACCUCUAACUGGCUGUCCACAGUGUAUUUCAGAACAUUGCACAAAAGAGAGUCCCAUAUGUGGGAAAAACCUGGAAUUGUAAUGUUUAAUUGCUAAUAAAAAAGCAUGCACUUGCUGACCUGGAGAGCUGUGAAGAUGACAGAUUUUCCAUAAAUAUUUUACGCAUGUCGUGUGCAAGGGAUUUUUAUUAGGACGUGCAUGUGCACUGUAACAAUUCUUGGCUAUUCAAAUUUCCCUUUAAAUUUUGAUCUAGAAAUUUGGCCUAUAAUAGUGAUAUAAACAGUAAAUGGACAUAGAACAUGCAAGACAUUAAUUUCUCAGAGAAUCUCACUUAUUUCUGCAUUUCCUCCAGACCCGCUGGUUAUGGUUAUUACGCACAAAUCGUAGAUAUACUCUUCAGAAAGUGUGUGGUGGUGGUGGUUUGCUAGAGACUAGCCAAGCUAGUUCAAUCUACUUCAGAGACUCUUUCCUUUCCUUUCAGAAACUUUUGGACAACUGAUGGACAACCAAAAAUGCAUAAAACUCAUAUCCUGCAGUGUCGGUAUGUUGGGCGCUAUUUUAGAUAGGUGUGGUUAGCACUGCAAUUAUACUAUCUCCUGAAGGGUCUGUCUACUGACGUUCAUUGCAUGUAACACAUUGAGACUUCUCAUCUGUACCAUCUGACUCUUUUCUGAUGACUUUUCUGAAAUAUCAACUAGCCUUGCUCUACUCAUGCAAUUGUUCCUUAUGACUCCUGGUAUGUUUCUUAGACCUGAGCUAGUGAAGAAAAUAAAAUGAACAAGCUAUCUUUGGAAGCCAGUUGUACUGUCCUAAAGACCGACAAUAGGGGUGUGUCUAGACUACAGGGUUUUGUCGACAAAACUAUACCUGCGUCCACACUACCACUGAGUU